AUGCGUCCAGAGUUGAAAAACACCUGGACUCCUGGCAUUAAUGUCUUGACCUGGUUUAUGCUGGUGACGGCUAUUCUCAGUGUCUUGACACGUCUCGGAACAAAAUAUUUCAUUUUUCGGAAAUGGACCUUCGACGAUGGCCUCGCUACUGUGUCGCUGGUGUUCUGUAUUGCGCAGUCGAUUGCUGUCUCGGUAGCGACGGCGAAUGGGCUGGGACAGCACCGUGAUAUGCUCUCUAAUCGCUCACUUGAAACCAUGAUGAAGGCCGAAUACGCCGCGAUCAUUUUAUUCAUCAUCAGCAUUUGUUUCUCUAAACUAUCGCUUUUGGUCUUCAUCCGCAACUUGACCCCCGCGUCCUUGGAUCGCCGCUUUGCGCUCGUGUUGGGAAUAUUGAUCGGACUGUGGAGUGUUGUUGGCGUGUUCACAGCUGCAUUUCAAUGCAGUGCACCGCAGACAUGGAACUAUCUACAUGGGAGUUGCUUCGACCGAGCGGCCUGGUGGAAUUACCUCGGCAUCACCAAUAUCUUAACAGAGGCCGGGAUAAUGGGUCAAGCGCUGCUAGUCAUCGUUCGUAUCCAGACUGAUUUCAGCCGAAAGGCUAGUUUAUCUAGUGUGUUUUUGAUCCGAGUUAUCGUCAUUAUCGCGAUCGUUUGCCAGCUUGCUUACGCCAGUCAAAGUUUUUCCUCUGCCGAUAUCACCUUUGACGGCUGGGCUGUCGCAGUUUCUAACCAAGUGGCCCAAACCUUAAGCAUCGUCACAGCCUGUUCUCCCCAAUUCAAGCCUUUCCUAGACAACCUUCGAUCAUCGGGAAUGGGACUGGGGAUGACGAGUUCCAACUAUGGCAGCAAACAUAGGACAUAUGCCAUAAGUACAUUCAAGAACUCUCGUCGCACGCAGGGCACGCAGGGAAGUGAAACGCACGAACUAGUCUCGAUGCCCCAAGGGACCCAGACUAUAGUGACAUCCGCUCGGGAAGACGACAAUGAAAGUCAGUCCAGUCAAUCUAACAUUAUUAUUGAGACACGGACCUGGACCGUGACCGGAGGGUUACAAAAUUGA